AUGCUUACAAGAAGAACUGCUCGUUUAUUAACCUUGAAAGCUUCGAAUCAAAAUACUUUAUCGUCAUUCUAUGCAAGAAGAAAUGUUCUGUUGUCAACACCUUGUCUUAUAGAUUUGAACCAAAAAGCAUAUAAUUCAUAUGGGGCUACUCCCAACGCUGAGGAUUUUUCAUUAUUUGCCUCACCAUCUGAGUUUCGCGCUCGUACAAGGCUGCCAAGAAAUACGAUUAUCAAUUUCGUUCCGCAACAAGAAGCAUGGAUAGUAGAACGGUUUGGAAAGUUUGAUCGACUUUUACAACCUGGCUUAUCGAUAGUGGUACCUUUUUUGGAACGAAUUAAGUAUGUUAAAAGCCUCAAAGAAAUUUGUUUAAACAUUCCAGCGCAAAGUGCAAUUACACAAGAUAAUGUCACACUAGUUUUAGAUGGUGUAUUAUAUAUUAAAAUAGUUGAUCCAUAUAAGGCCUCUUAUGGCGUUGAAGAUGCAGAAUAUGCUGUUGCUCAAUUAGCCCAAACAACUAUGCGUGCCGAAAUUGGUCAAAUGACGUUGGAUAGAACUUUAGCAGAACGCGCGCAUUUAAACGCAAAUAUUGUUGACGCGAUUAAUACUGCUGCUGACGCGUGGGGAAUUCGGUGUUUAAGAUAUGAAAUUCGUGACAUUCAUCCGCCUGCAAAGGUUGUCGAGUCUAUGCAUCAACAAGUUUCUGCUGAACGAUCCAAAAGAGCAUCUAUUCUCGAGUCAGAAGGUCAAAGACAAGCUGCUAUCAACGUUGCUGAGGGAUCUAAGCAAUCCGUUAUAUUAGCAUCAGAAGCUGAAAAGGCUGAACGAAUUAACAAAGCUUCAGGUGAAGCUGAAGCUAUUCUCCUUCGCGCAAGGGCAACGGCCGAAGGAAUUCGAAAUAUUGCGUUAGCUAUUAAAGAGAAUCCUCGUGGUACAGAUGCCGUUUCACUUACAGUCGCUGAAAAAUAUGUGGAAGCAUUUGGACAACUCGCCAAACAAGGCAAUGCUAUAAUCGUUCCCGCAUCUGCUCACGACGCUGGAUCUAUGAUUGCUCAGGCCCUGUCGGUUUACCAAACUGUAAUAAAACAACAACAACAAUUUUCGCCCGCCUUGAUUAGCGAAUCCAGUAACAACGAUAUAAACAACAAGACAGAAAAUUCAACAAGCCCUAUUGGAAUGUUUUCAUGA